AUGAUAGCAGAUAUAGCAAUUCAUCAUGGUAAUGCGUUAAGAACUCUUCAACAAGAAAAAAAUGAUAAUGUGAUGUAUAUCAAGCUGUUAAAAAAUAAAGAGGAAACAGCAAGUUUAAGCCGACAACACUUCCGUAUUGCUUCGAUAAUUGCUACAACAUGUGCCAGGUAUGAAAAUCCCACUUUUGUAAACUUUUAUAUGGACAAAGAUCCUGUGGCUAUAGGAAUUUCUAACUGUAUAACCGGAUAUCUGACUAUGAGAUCAAAAUUGGCUACAGUGAGAAUUGGAGAGAUGGAAGCCGCGUACUUAGGACCCAACUUUGAAAUAGAGUUGUUCUUUGAGUAUGCUAUCAAAGAGUAUCAUCUCAGAAAUCAACAGGAAGAAGAUGAGGACACUAUUGCCCCUAGAUUUAGAUCUGUUAAUAUAGAAGCGGCUAAUAAUAGAAAGAUAAGGAAUAGUAACUAG